UUCGAAAUUUGCUUUUUGAAACGUUGCCAUAUAGUAUGUAACUUUAUAAAGUACACGGUUUAGUCGGUUUUUAAAGUGUAUAUAAAAACAUUUGAAAUAUGUAUGCAAAUGAAUUAUAAUUAAAAAUUAAUGUUAUAUCAUUUAUGUGCAAUAUUUUGAUAGUGACUAUAAUAAAACAUGGUUUCUGUAAAACGAAAAAACUCAAUUAAGAACACAAAUAUCAAAAAGAACAAACCAUGUGAGAAAACACGUAAACAAAUACGUAAAGACAAAAGACAGGAAAAAAAAGCAAAAAAGGCAAUGUUUUAUCAAAAUAGAAAACAAAUUCUUGGUAGGUUUGUUUUAAAUCCUGAUAGGAUGAAAGAAAACGUAACAAAAUCACAAGAAAAUUAUGAUGAAUUACAUCAAAAUAAUAGCAAGCAUAAUGCCAAUGAGAAAUUAAAGAAGCAGAAGAAGAAAAGAAAGAGAGAUAUAAAAUCGAAUUUAACUAUUGAUAAUGAGAAUGAAGAUAAGAUGAUAAAACAAUUAGAAAAACGACUAAAGUUAAAUAAACGGAAAAGCAAUACAAUUCCUAAAUCUUUUGUUAACGAUGGUUUAGAUUAUCUUUUAGAUUUUUGUGAUAAUGAAAAUAGAAAACAGGUAGUCGAAAUGGAAGAGCAGUUAUUGAGAGGUGAAGGAGAUAAAGAUCUUGAAGAAGAUAUUGCAAUGUUUAUGGAAAAUGAUGAUACAAAAUAUACUAAAAAUCAUGAUACAAAUGAUUGGUCCAAUGAUGAGCAGCAUGAAACUCAAAUAAUGUUAAAUAAAGACAAAUUCAAAAAAAAAAAGCAGGAUGAAAUGAUAGAUUCAAUAAAGGAAAGUGAUGAGGAAGAUGAAACAAAUCUGUUAUCAGAUAAAAGUAUAAAUGAUAUUGAAACAGAUAUUUCACAGGAGUCUUCUGACAGUGACAAUCUAUGGGAAGAUAUUUAUGGUCGAACGAGAGAUAAAAAAGGUAAUAUUGUAAACAAUAUAUCAUCUGUAAUACAAAGGAAACCAUUAGAAGCUAUGCAGGAUAAUGAUGAAAAACGAUGUAGACUGAAGAAACAACUGAAAGGUCUUUUAAAUAGAUUAGCAGAAAGUAACAUGCAUAUUAUAGCCAAUCAGGUGGAUGAGUUAUAUAUGUGUAAUAGUCGUAAUGAUAUGAACACCAUUUUAUCAGAAUUAAUAAUGCAAGCCUUGAUUUCGCCAGUAUUAACUCCAGAUCGUUUAAUUUGUGAGCAUAUGAUGUUAAUUACAAUUUUACAUGCAAAUGUAGGGACUGAAGUAGGUGCUCAUUUCUUAUUAACAUUUAGUAAAAAGUUUGAUGAAAUGUUAAAAGUACAGCACACUGUAGAAGACAAACAAUUGGAUAACUUAGUUUUAUUAUUAUCGCAUUUAUAUAAUUUUAAGGUUUAUAACCAUCAACUUCUUUAUCAAAUAUUAGACAUGCUUUCCUCUAAAUUUGAGGAAAAAGAAAUUGAGUUGAUAUUACUUAUUUUGAAAACUGCAGGUUUUCCAUUAAGAAAGGAUGAUCCACUUGCAUUAAAAGAACUUAUAUUAAAUUUGCAAAAAGUAGCAAGUAAUAUUAAAUCUGACAAUUCACGAGUGAAAUUUAUGUUAGACAUUUUAAUGGCGAUAAAAAAUAAUAAUGUAAGCAAGAUACCUCAAUAUGAUCCAUCUCAUACAGAGCAUUUAAAAAAGCUUAUGAAGAGUUUCAUACACAAGGGUAAAAGUAUAGUGAAGUUAAAUAUUUCUUUGGAAGAUUUAUUAAAAGCUGAUGAAAGAGGAAAGUGGUGGGUAAUAGGAUGUGCAUGGUCUGGUAAUAGAAAUUUGGAUAAAGGAAAAAAGGUUAUGGAAGAAAACAAAGCAAUGUUCAGUCAAAAUAUUCUUGAUUUAGCACGAAAACAAAGAAUGAAUACGGAUAUUAGAAGAAAUAUUUUUUGUAUUUUAAUGACAGCAGAAGAUUACUUAGAUGCCUUUGAAAAACUUUCUCAUCUUGGCUUAACAGAUCAACAAGAAAGAGAAAUAAUAUAUGUUUUAAUGGACUGUUGUCUGCAAGAAAAGAAAUUUAAUCCUUAUUAUGCCGUAUUAGCAGAAAGAUUCUGUGUUUGUGACAGGAAAUAUCAGUUGACCAUACAGUAUAUGUUGUGGGACAAAUUUAAAAUAUUGGAUAAUUACGAUGUAAGACAGUUAGCAAACUUAGCCAAGUUUUUAACUCACUUAUUUAUUCAGAGAUCUUUAUCUAUUUCAAUUUUAAAGAUUUUGAAUUUUGCUGAAUUGAACAAACAAACGAUGAAACUUGUGAGGCAGAUUAUGAUAGGUAUUUUUCUUUGCAAGAAUGAAGAAGACUGUCUACAAGUAUUUGAAAGGAUAUCUUCAUCUCCUUUAUUACAAACUUUUAGAGAAAGUCUUAGACUCUUUAUAAAUCAUUUCCUUAUUCGUAAUAUUGAAUCGUGUAAAGUAAUGGAAGUAGAAGGUACACUUAUAAAACAACGAGCUUAUCAAGUUGAAAAACUAUUGGUUAAUCGCGAAUGUAAAAUAUUAUUUUAAGGAUUUUUAUAAAUAAUCAUAAUAAUUAGUGUAUAUGUAAAUAAUUAAAAUUGUUAUAAAAAUAAUAAGUCCGAAUUUUACAUCCUGAAA